UGCGUUUGAUUACAGAGAAAAUCCGACAUUUGCUCUCACUUUGCUUACGUCAUCUCCUGCAAUGGCCACAUAGCCUCUCUCUCUCUCUCUUUCCUUAAUUCAAUCGUCAUAUCUUGAAGCUUCCUCCCCUUCCAUGAACACAGAAAAACCAACCCUUUAAAAGAAGCAGUCAAAUUCAACAUGCAAUAGAAUACAAGUUACAUAUCCUUCUCCUUUUCUUUUCUUUCAUCUUUUUUCCUGGAUCAAUUCCUCCAAACAGUUUCUUCUACAGAAACAAGUCAAACAUCCAAGAAUAUACAUAUACCUCACAGAUAAAAGCAUCUAUUUCUAUUCCCUCUUUCUUUUUUUGUUCUUUUUUCCCUUUAUCUUUAUCUUAAAUUUUUAUUAUAAUUUAUUUUAGAGCUGAUCAAAAGGAUAUAUAGGAAAAAAGCUUCAAAACCAGCUUAAAAUCAUUGAUCUUUCAAGGGAAAUGGACUCUGAUUUCUGGACCUCUCGCCUAGCUGCCGCCAAACGCCAAUACACCUUGCAGCACCAUCAUCAGAGCUCCCACCUAGAUCGGUUGAGCAUCGAUGAUUUCGAGGUAGAAGAAGAGGUCCGACCCGAUUUCCCAUGUCCUUAUUGUUAUGAGGAUUUCGACAUCGCAUCUCUGUGUUCUCAUCUCGAAGAUGAACACUCUUGCGAAUCCAAAGUCACCGUUUGUCCUAUUUGCUCUGUUAAAGUUGCACGGGACAUGCUAAGUCAUAUCACACUGCAACAUGGACACUUGUUCAAGUUGCAGAGACGUCGCAGAUUACGUAGAGUUGCAAUUCCCAACAGUCAGGCAUUGUCUCUACUUGGACGGGAUCUUCGCGAAGCUCAUUUACAAGUUCUCUUAGGAGGUGGUGGAUAUAGGUCAAGCAGUGCUAAUGUGUCUAAUGCAGCUACUGACCCAUUCCUUUCAUCACUUAUUUUGAAUUUCCCUGCAUCUGAAGCUGAAGAAAUCUCAAAAUCUGCGGCAACAAGUGUGGAAGAUACUCCUGCAAAAAAUGCAGCACCAGCAUACAUGUGGAGAUCAAGUUUGGAUCCUUCUUUGAGCUAUGAAGAAAGGGAGAAAAGGAUGAGGCAGGCUACUGGAAGAGCUGGUUUUGUGCAGGAUCUGCUUCUAUCGACUUUGUUAAGCGACUAACAAAAGCAGUAAGUUCAUUUGGUGAAAAAAGAGAAAUAAUGGAUGAGAUGUAAAGUCUUCACAAGUAAUAGCCUUGGGGUGGGGAUUCUAAUUGUUUUUACAUUGCUUAAUGCUCAUCCACCUCGAUGCAUAUCUCGUUUACAUGUUAAAGCAGCCCCAUGACGGCUUGAUGAUAGAUUGAUUAUAUCUCAUCCUUUUUAGUUCUGUCUUGACAAGUGAUGUACUACCUUCUGCAGAAAGCCAGAAACAAUGAUAUUUUCUAGUUUAUGGAAGACUUUAAUUUAUUAAUA